UCGCCCCAAUCAUGCGCACUCCACAAUUCAGCAGAUAAUGAGACGAUGAAAUCCAAUCCUACAUCAGCCGAAACCAUCGUCAUCCCGUGUCCUGGCCACCAACCCAUCCUCCGCUUCAGCCUUUCCCGCAAAAAGCAAUGUCAGCAUUAGCAGCAACCCAAGUGUGCCAGGCAUGAAAGGGAGUGGGCAUCCGCCGGUCCUUGGAGAUUUCGAAAACCCCUCGUUAUUGAAAGAGAAUCGGAACCAAACCCCCGUCCUGGACCCUGAUUCAGCCCCUGGCCCGUCGGUCAUCCCUGCGGCGAGCAUCCCGUUGCCGUUGCCGGGGCUUUCAACACCCAAAACCUCUCAAUCCUACCCUUUGGCCCCUGGCAGUCACGUACCAAGCAAAACCCCGAAGGACCCCGAUCGGUCACCCGGGUCGGCCAUGCCACUACAUCGAGCCUCGAAUGUGACAUCGACUAUAUUGGAUCGCUCUGUGUCUGGUGUUUUGGCCGGGGGUCAAGACAACGACAGAGAUCUGCACGCCAAAACAACCAAAAACCGUUGCAAAAAAGAAUCUUCUGGCACAAUCUGUCAAAUGCUCGCAGGGUGGCUGCCUUUGACGCCGUUUACACGCCAUCCGGACCGACAUAUUGGACGCUAAAACUAGCUAAAUGUGUUUUGGCACAUGGUACGGAUAAUGGUGCCAAGUUUCACAUCCAUAUUGACUAGCACGCCCUGAGCCCUACGACCAGACGCAGAGUCCCAGCUUUGUUCGGAUACAAACAAAGUGUGGGCGAUAUUCACGUCA